GGUGUCGGUGGAGAUCUCAGAAGCCAAGCUCGGCACCUGGCAAGUCGCCCCGUCCAACCCGCCUCCUCCUCCUCCGGCUCCGAUCGGCGCCUUCUCUCUCCGCAGCUCCGCGCCUGCCAGCAUGCUCACUUGCCGCCUCCAGUGCGCGCUCGCCCUGCUGGCCUCGGUGGCCCUGGCGCUGAGCACCGUGGCCGCCGCCCCCUCGGACCCGAGACUCCGGCAGUUCCUGCAGAAGUCACUGGCCGCCGCGGCGGGGAAACAGGAACUGGCCAAGUAUUUCCUGACGGAAUUGCUCUCAGAACCCAGCCAGACAGAAAAUGAGGCCCUGGAAUCAGAUGAUUUGUCCCGUGCUGCUGAGCAAGACGAAGUGAGACUGGAGCUGGAAAGAUCAGCCAGCUUGAACCCAGCCCUGGCCCCCAGGGAGCGCAAAGCCGGGUGCAAGAAUUUCUUCUGGAAAACCUUUACCUCCUGUUAGCUUUAGACGUCUCUUUCUUCCCCCCACCCCACCUCAAGUCUCUCUCUUAUCCCCAGUCCUCUCCCUUCAUGUCAGGAGCUGAAGACUGUAAUGUAUAAAUACACUGUUAGUACAAUGAAAAACACACAGGAAAAAAAAUCAAUUUGAUUUUCAAGUUGUUUUAAUAAAAACAUUCAGUUUCAAUUGUACACAAUUUUCCUUGAGUUUGUGAUUUCUGACUAAUUCUCCAUGACACAUCAAUCCCCCCUCACGUGGCAAGUCACUCUGAUGUGCUAUUUUUAAUUCUUUCUUGCAAUAAAGUUCAUGUUUCAAAGUGUCA